GAUGCAGUUAGUUUAGGUUCUGCACGAAAGAUGAAAACACUUCUGUUGUUCGGCUCACUGCUGGCUGUAUCCUUUGCAGUUUCUCCGAAACUGCAAGGAAGGAUUAGCAAUGGACAAACAGCAUCGCCGCUUGAUUUUCCUUCUUCCGUUGGUAUACUGAUCUCCGGUACAUCCGAUCACACCUUUUGUGGUGGCGUGCUGAUCUCAACCAGAUUUAUCCUAACGGCUGCGAAAUGUGUUUCUGGAACAAACACUUUGACGGUUGUGGCCGGUGCCAGUGAUAUGACCAAUAUCGUUGAAGUCAUCCCAGUGCUUAACAUUCCGUCGCACAUCAUCAUACAUCCGAAUUAUAGUUCAUUUUUCAACAGAGACGACUUGGCAAUAAUACAACUUUCCCGACCAGCCAUUCUGGGAAACUAUGUCGAAAUAGCGAAUCUUCCCCGACGAUACCACAUUCCGUUCACGUUCAAUGGUUGGAAUUCCACACUCGUUGGUUGGGGUAACACCGGAAACAGAGACAAUGAACCACUGCCGCUGCAGCAUCUGCAGUUUGCACAUGCGGAAGUGAUUUCCAAUUUCGUAUGUGGUUUGUCGCAUAGUUUUGUCCGGGAUGGACACAUUUGUACCGGAACAGACGAUGGAGGUCCUUGUGAUGGUGAUGAAGGUAGUCCAGUUUACGCGGAUGUCGACGGUGAAAAACUUGUCAUCGGGAUUCACUCGUUCCACUUUUCUGGAAUUCGAGGGUGCGAUCGUGGUCGAUCAGCGGUUAACACGCGCCUAACUGAGUAUCUAGAGUGGAUAGGAGCAAAUACUGACGUUGAAAUAUUGAACUACACUUUAAAAAAUAGAUCAUCUCGCCACCGUGUUGUCAUUUGUAACGGAAAAGUUCACCGAACGAGUUGCAGGAAAAUGUUCAAGAGUGUGUUUAUUCUGUUGCUGGCCGCUGUAACGGCUUUGGCAGUGUCUAGCCCAGAGCAGCCGGAAUUUAAUGGUUUUGAUGCUGAGCGUAGGUUGCCUAAAACCGAAGAACUUCGCGGGAAAUUCGGAAUACCUCCGAACGGUUCAACGCGGAUUUCGGGUGGUAGCGUCGCUUCCCCCACCACCAUUCCAUGGGCAGCUGGAGUACUUAUUCAUGGAGGAACCUCCGGACAUGAUUUCUGCAGUGGAGUCCUAAUCUCCAGCCGAUUUGUUUUAACCUCCGCUAAUUGCGUUUCUGGAGCUAAUACUGUGACCGUUGCUCUGAACGCCUCCAACAUGGCGAACAUCGGAACACUGAUUGGAGUAUCGAACGUUCUGAUCCAUCCGAACUUCAGCUGGUUACUCGGUCGCGAUGACAUUGCUAUUCUGACGCUAAGUCGAGAUGCACCCAACGAUAGUACGAUCCGGCCGGUCCUGAUGCCACGCCGCUCAGAUGUGGGUAACAGUUUCAAUAAUUGGAGGGCCACUACAGCCGGUUGGGGUAACACUGGCAAUCGAGAUAAUGAACCGAUUCCGACACAGUUCCUUAUGUUCGCCAUCGAUUCAGUAACAUCAAAUGCCGCCUGUCAGUUGUCAUAUACGUGGAUUCGUAGUACUCAUAUUUGUGUGAACACAAACGACGGAGGACCGUGCAAUGGUGACGAAGGAGCUCCAGUAACGGUGCAAGAAGCAGGCAGGAUAUUCCUGAUCGGAAUUCAUUCGUUCCACUACAGCGGCUUGCGCGGUUGUGAUCGAGGACGGUCGGCUGUGGCCACCCGAAUUACCGAAUACCUUGACUGGAUUGCUGCAAACUCGGAUGUUACCAUACCGGCAUAAGAUGAUAUUAGAUGAUGAUACUGAUAAUAAAAUGAAAAGAAUUUA